AUGUUGACCGGCUUGUUCCGGUACUGUCUAUGCCUAAUUCUUGGGACUCAACUUGUUUAUUCUAAUGUUAACGAUAGUAUCAGCACCAGCUCACAUCAGCAGAGGAACAUCACCUCUCAGCUGACGAUUCAGAGGACGAAAAGGGCUGCGACAGCACAAUGCUCCUCCACAUCGUCAAAUAAUGUUGCUCAUUCACUGGUUAGCAGUAUUUGUUGUGAUUCCAUGAUUCCACUUUUUAUCGACAAUCAACUCAGUACAAACGAUGGGCUUGGAUCGAUAACUCGUGCAGUCCAACAGCGAAUUCAAUCACGGUUCAACAGAUCUUUCGAGGUUGUCAUCUCAGAAUCGGAUUUCGUUAUUAACACAUAUUAUUCCGGUCCUAGACAAUGUAAAUUCGAGACCGAUCGGUAUUUUGUGGCGUUGUAUGAGACCCCGACACAGUACGACGUCGCUGAUACGACAGUAGAGAACUUCUUAGCCAGUAUUGACAGUCGUGAUCCUCUCGGAUGGAAACAAGCACCUCUUGCGGAGCAAAAUGAAGCUCUUCCUGUCGACGGAACGACCAAUAUUGAGUCCGGAUCCGACUCGGAUGUAGCUUCUUUGAGUGGCAGCAGUGCUGCAUCAAGUGGUUCCGCUGCCAGUAACUCGGCUACCUCUUCGGCCCAGCCAGGGUCAGGUGGCGCCUGCUCGUGGCGAGGCAGUGCAGCGGAUGCUAACGUUCCGUACACAUUCACCUCAGAAGAGUGCUGUGACGUACGAUUGAAUAUUAUAAUGAGGGAUGCAGCAACUCGUUCUAGGGACACACCUCACUUGGGCGACUCUGCCAAGUAUAUCCAAAGACGCAUUCAACUCGAGUACGGCUUGUCAUUUGAAGUAAUCAUGAGCACAGCAAAUUUUGCUGUGUCUUCUUAUUAUCAUGGACAAAGCAGCUGUAAAAUCCAUGAUGGAAAUUUCUAUUAUGUGGCAUAUGCGACCCCUGUACAGUACGACCCAUUUAACAUUGCACAAGAAGACUACCUAGCCAGUACUGACGCAGAAGAACCAUUAGGAUCUACGAGAUAUACAAGUCUUCGAGGAGAUCGGCCCGAUAUCAGAAUAGAACCAUCUGCUGGAGAAGAUAUAUCCAUUCAACCAGCUGUACUUCAAGCUCGUGCACUUAUUUACGAGGGAGCUGGUGGAGCUGGAAGGACGUCAAAUCGUGAGCCAGAAGUAUCCGUCAGUGAUAUUUUCACUGACGAUUCAGAUCUUGCUACUGCCAGUGUUAUUAACGGUUUUAAUGUCGGAGGAAAUCGUACUCUUGGGACAGUUCCCUCUGAAGAGAGUCGCGGCCUACCUCCAGGCACUCAUUGUGACAAGGGAAAUAAAACAGGUGACAAAUGUUGCAGCGGUCUUCUUUUUGAAACAAUGACUGAUGCUUUUUAUGAGCUCAGCAGCUCACCGCAGUUUGCUUUCGCAAGUGCUGGAAACAUUGCAAGCCUCAUUCAAAAAAGAGCUCAACUUCGCUUUGAUCAGUCAUUCGAGGUAGUAGUGUCUUCUGGGGACUUCGCUCUGGCAUCGCAUGGAGUAGGGGAUCAGACCUGCAAGUACAAAGAGCGCGGUUUCACAGCAAUCGCCUAUACUACACCCACACAGUACGAUAUCACACAAACAGCAGCUGAAAGCUAUUAUGCAUCGAUAUCAUCUCGGGACAACCUCGGAGCAACGCAAACAUCACUUCCUGGACAGCGACCGUUCCAUACUCCACUUCAGCUUUACGGAGAAGGGGCCGGAGCUGGCCUUCCGGUUGGGUCACACUGCGGUGACGCCCGAUCAGGAUCUAAAUGCUGUAGUGCUCCACUAUUUAACGUGAUGCAGUCGUCAUAUGAGUCACUCAUAAACAGAGAUAACUUUGAUCCAUAUAACUUGAGGCUGAUAGCCAGGACGAUCCAAUACAAUGCAGAGGAACAGCUACAGAUGAGUGUCGAAGCUUUUAUAUCUACGGAUGACUUCGCCAUAUCAAGCGCUUAUGAGGGAAACGAGAUUUGCAAAUAUCGUAUCGAUCGUUAUUACAUUAUGGCCUAUGCGACCCCUGUGCAGUACCCGAUUCACAGUCAAAUUUAUGAUGACACAGGGCCUGCCAUACCGAUCAACUGCCCUGGAGAGCUAGAUGGUCUGGACGGGGCUGUUUGUUGUGAUGGAACAAUACAGUACGAAAUGACACGUGCUAUUGACGAAGCUCUACAAAAUCAGCCAGAAGGACAAAGAAGCAACGAUGCACUGGCUACGACAAUAUCACGGAAUAUUGAAAGACGAUUUGGAAGAACUUUCGAAACGAUCGUCUCACGCUCAGACUUCACGUGGCAGACAAAUAUUUACAAUCAAAACACUUGCAAAAUUGAUUGCCUGGGUUACCACACCCUUAUUGUCCAAUCGAGCAAUGCGCCCCCACCACUAUCUGACUUCUUUGAUCCAGCUCCUCUACCAAUAGCGCCUCUGGAAGUACCUUUCCAAGCGGUGCCGCCAGUACAGGCUCCACCACCGGUUCCGCAGGCUCCAGUCGGCGCUGCACCUCCAGCAUUCGUAUUCGGCCCCCCAGCUGUAGCCGCUCCUCCUGUAGCUCCUCCUGCUUUUGCUCCUCCAGCUGCAGUUCCUGUAUUUUAUGGCGGCGGUGGUGGUGGAGGAGGUGGUGGAGGUGCAUGCUUUUCGACUGAUACUUGGGUGACAACGCCUAACGGAAAGAAACGGAUGGAUCAGCUGAAAGUUGGCGAUUUUGUUUUGACAGCCAACCUGACUGCGGUCUACUAUGCACCAAUGUCAUUGUGGAUUCAUCGCGAACCAGAUCUCGUAACAAAAUUUAUAACUAUUAUGACUGAUUAUGGAAAAAUGCUAGCGCUCACUCCUCGACACCUAAUUUUUCGAAACAAAUGCGAUGAGUAUUAUGAAGAACGAGUUUAUGCGCUACCGCCGAACAGUCAAGCAGUAUACGCCGAAGAACUGGAAGUGGGGGAUUGCGUGUAUCUUUUUUAUAGGACUGGCUUCCGACAACAAAAACUUCAAGACAUCUCCAUAACGCAGCGUCGAGGCGUAUUCUCACCAUUAACCCCAAAUGGACGCAUUAUUGUUAAUGAUAUGUUGGCCUCUUGUUACAGCGAUGUGAACGAGGCUACUUUACAAACUACUUAUUUCUCUGUGUUAAAUUCUAUUCGAAAACGGGUGGUCACAUGGUUCGGUUCAUGGAUCGACGAGAAAGUGGAUAUUCCAUUCGGGUCGGGAUUCUCCAUGGAGCUGUUACGACUCAUUGUGCCAUAUAACAGCUUCACUUCUGUAUGUUUGGCAAGCGGUUUUCAUAUAGGAGUUAUGCUCGUCCUUAUACAACUACUACAGCGCUUUUUGAGAUUUCCAAGACGAUUUGAGAAAGCAAAGCCGUUCACACUUCACUGCUCGUUGCUGUUGUUGGUACUCGCGUACGCCUUCGCUGGUGGUUUCAUCUUCAAUCGCCUAGAAGCUGAAGCUUUUCAACGUCAUCAGGAUGAGAGUCGUCAGGAGAAACUACGCUGUGUGCUUGAGGUGAUUGCAAAAUUAUCGCCGUUGUCACUUGAAAAUCCAUGGCGAAAUGCGACGGCAACCAAAAUUUCAAACUGUUAUGAGCCAGAACGGGACGAACGCAGUGAAUGGUCAUUCGUCACAGCAACACUUUACGGAUUUGGAAUCGUUACAACACUUGGCUACAAUCGAAUCGCACCGAUCACAUAUGCGGGACGACUUUUUUGUAUCGUCUAUGGAAUCUGUGGUAUUCCAAUAACGAUGAUUAUCAUUGCAAAUGUUGGGCAGUACCUCAAUAAUUUUGCUGGAGAUUCGAGACGGAAGCUUGAAGCUUAUCGUACACAACGACGAAUGUCGCGAGCUUCACUAUCCGGAAAACAGUAUAAGCUUCAGUUACAGGAAAAGGAGAAACGACUUUGUGUAGUUCAUUUUUCUAUGCCAUUUUUCGCAAUCCGUAAAAGAGCCGAAGUGUCUCAAUGGUUUCGAGUUGAUUCUUGA